AUGCAAGCAGCGAUUCGAAGCAAGGAAUCUCGAAAAGAGCAUGCGAUUCGCCUAGAGAAGCUGAAGGCAAAGCGCGCAAUGGAAUCUACCGAGGAGCACGCAAGGCGCCUGCAGAACCUCAAGACGCAAAGAGCCGCGGAAGAUUCUCAAAAACAUGCCAUGCGUCUGCAGAGAUUAAAAGCAAAUCGAGCGAUGCAAACCCCAGAAGAACAUGCUAGGCGACUUCAAAACCUCAAGGCAAAGAGAGUUAUGGAAUCCCCAGAGCAACAUCGAGCUCGAUUGGACAGCCUUAAAGCUCAGCGCAGUAUGGAAUCUCCAGACCAACGCACGAGCCGUUUGAGUAAGCUUCAAGCAAAUCGGCAGCUGGAGUUACCUGAAGAUCGUGACGUUCGAUUGACUACAUUGAAAGUUCAGUACUCAGCUCAAACUGUGGAGGCGCGAUCAAGUCGUUUGGGGUACCUUAAGGCGCAACGAAAGGCUUUGCAUGUGUCUGAAAGCGUCGAAGUACGGAAGAGCCGACUUGAACGCCGGCGACAAGGGCUUCAUCGCGUUCAAGAAGCCAAGAGCAACGAUGUAACUGCCUCGGAAGCGCAAUGUGCUGCACUGGACGACGCUGGCUUGCUGCAUGAAUGCUCCAAGGACAUGAAGUCCAAAAUCCUGGGUGAAUUGGGAUUUGCCCUUGGCCCCUCUGGAAUGGAUCAAUGUGUGUGCUGUGUGUGCGAUCGUUUGGCAUUUACAACUGAUGUCCAUGUGUACUCAACCGAAGAUAAGGACAUCCUGCAAUCCAUGGCAGCCCGCUUGCGAAAUCCUGACGCCACGUUGUGCGAUGAGUUGGUCGCGUUUUACGAUUGCAAGGACAUCCAUCCUGCCUUUGUUGGUUUGAUGCUCUCGCGCAAAGGCAUCACGCAUGCUGGCAAUGUCAACAACAUCGAAAAUCCGAAGGAUGUCGACUUCAACGUUUGCUUGGAGUGUGAAAUCCGAGCGUGA